AUGUCUGCACCCGAGCCCGAGAAUCUGUCGCCGGCCGAACUGGCCGAGCCUCAGCUACCCUACAAAUGGACCCAAACUAUCCGUGACGUGGACGUCUCCGCGCCCAUUCCGGCCAACAUUAAGGGCCGCGAUAUGCAAGUGACUUUGACCAAGACCAAGCUCAAGAUCGCCAUCAAGGGUCAAGAGCCCAUCAUUGAGGGCGACUUCCCUCACCCGAUUGUCGUGGACGAAUCGUCAUGGACCCUCGAAACCACUCCCAGGCCGCCGGGUAAAGAAGUCAAUCUGCACCUUGAUAAGGCCAACAAGAUGGAGUGGUGGCCGCAUGUCGUCACGACCGCCCCGAAGAUCGACGUCACCAAGAUUCAGCCCGAGAAUUCGAGCCUGAGUGACCUGGACGGCGAGACCCGUGCCAUGGUUGAGAAGAUGAUGUACGAUCAGCGCCAGAAGGAAACGGGCGGUAUGACUAGCGACGAGCAGAAGAAGAUGGAGCUUUUGGAGAAGUUCAAGGCGGAGCACCCAGAGAUGGAUUUCUCCAACGCGCAGGUCGGCUAA